AUGUCCUCCGCCGGUUCAUCGUUACUCUUGUCCUUGCCCCGUGAACUGCGGGAUGAGAUUCUAUCCCAUCUCACACUACCACAAUACGUCUAUACUUCAAGUACAACCAAAGACACCCACAAUUUGUACCGAUCGAAUCAUGCUAUGGGGGAGACAUACAUAGACACGCGUAUCAGGCUGCCUCAACGUCCGCCUGCAAAUAUUCUUGCAACCUGUCGCCAGCUAAGACAAGAGUGUCUCGAAUACCAUGCCCGCUGUCUGCACGCCGCCCAGCCAAGCAAAUCACCAAAUCCUACAGAUCGGCCUAUGAGCAACAUACUGGCAGAAAGGCUCGGCUCCGAGUUCACAGAAGAGGCGGAACGAGCUUGCGACGAUAGUACGCUGCGAAUCACCAUAGAGAUACAAAGGUCUCUGCGUGGCCCCCACGGGUAUUACAUUCCCAUACGCGGUCAUGAUCAUUUAUCACCUCGUUUUCUUGGACUUUUGCCGCUCAUGGACAAAACAAAAAAAUUGAGGCUUAUUCUCUGGCCUGGGUAUGAGUGGUGGAACGGCGGUCCUCAGCUUCUCGUUGACAAAUAUGGAAAUCCUCGCAUCAAUGCAGAUGAGGUACCCAAGCCAGAUGCCGCCACAGUAGCCAUCAAAAGUUUGCUUGAUUACUUCCCUUAUGUUGAAGAACUCAGUGUAGAUGUGCUCAUGAAAGCAUCAGAAGGGGAAAGAUGGGACCUGCCGGAACGAAAAUGGGAGAACAUGCAGCCAUGGCUCGAUGCACCUGUUGCGCCUAAUGUUAGCCCAAAUUUGACCAAAAUCACUCGUCAUCUCACAGCAUUUUGGGAAGCUUCGAGGCCAGAGCCAUUCUAUGUUCAACAUGAGGUGCGUCUUUCAGGAAACGAAUGGAAAGUUGACAGGAAGGGCGACAUGGGCACACCUACAUUAAGAUCAUUCUGUGACACCAGCCGCCCAGACGACAUGGACUAUUUAGACUCACUUAUGGUGGAGCAAGCUUUCGUCCGCACAGACUGA